ACCGGGUAAAACCUUCGGUACAUGUUGGAUGAAGAAACAGAAACACAUUGCAAAAUCACCGCAUGACUAUUUGACGUCAAUCAAAUAUCAUCGAGGAUAUUAUUUCUAGUGAUACAAAAGUAAUGUCUCCACCACCUUCGGAAUCUACCACUAAAGAAGAAACCACACCCCUCACCCUGAUCACCCUGCCUUCCGAACUUCUCGAGAAAAUCUUGUCCUUUCUUCCAUUACCGGAUUUACUGAAAGUGGGAGAGGUUUGCACCACUUUCACCAACACAAUCCGAGACCCUCUCUUUUGGAAAAGUAAAUAUAAUCACAAUUCUCCUACUUUUUCCCAAAUCCACACCCACGUCGCGUCCCGACCCGAUGAGUGGGCCGUUCACUGGGCCGUGUGUCGACAUAACGUUUUUGGUCGCAAUUUACUCAGAAAUUCUAACGGCCAAGAUGGUUUCUCAGGCUGGAAUAUUAUCUCUGGUCAUCCCGAACCUUCCACGCCUCGAGCCGGUUGGACCAUCGUUGACAUACCUUACCCAACAUCAGUAUUAUCAAAUUCCACCACACGCACUACAUGCUUCGCCACAGAUGAUUUUUCCUGCUCCAUGGAACAAACUGUCGACUUGUGGGCGGUGGGAUUCACUCCGGCCGUGAUGAGGGCGUGUAUCCCAUGGGAGGUCGAGUGGGGAGUGUGGGUGUCAACUCCUUCCGGACACGCCGGAGGGUUUUACGAACUACACGUCCGCCUCUUGUCGUCCACUUCUGAAGAAAUCUUGACCCACCAUCCGAUGACUAAUUCGUUCCCGUCAUCCACCCAGAGUGAAGGAUCGUCCUCAUUCAGCAGCCAAUCUCACAUACUGCCAGAGUCCCUCCCAUUCACAAAGUUUUCGAGAUCAUUGCCUAUCAAAACAAGUCGGGAGGAGUACGAGAUCAGCAAGAGAGAGUUGAGAUAUGUCCACUUUUACCAUGGCGGCAUGGCGAGAGGGAAUAACGAUGGUGGGGACGAGGGUGCAGGUGGCACAGGCCCGAGAGUGUGGGGGGCAGAGGUCAAGGUGCGAUUGUUAGAGGGCAAGUAAACUAGUCAAAUCAAUUGAUAUUUAUUUAUUUGUGGUUAAUAAACGAGAAGUAUUUCUAUUUUAAUUUGAAAA